CAAGCCAAUAUGAAGAUUCCAGCGUCCACAGCUCUUGCAGUAAUGGCAGUCUUCUUGCCGAUAGUAACCUGUGCUCCAGCAAGAAAAGCCAAGAAAGAAGACGACCGAUCUUGUGCAACAAGGGACCGAGAGGCCAAAGAAGUGGGAGACAAAGUCGUUGACAGUUGCAAUUACUGGUGCCUCCCAAACAAGAACGACCGCGACAACUAUGUAAAUAAGUACUAUCCCGAUGGCACGAAAUGCAAGUACAACCGGAACCUGCAAAGCUUGUGUAUAGACGAUGCAUGCCAUCAUCCAGAGAGUGAUACCUAUAAGAAGUACGUGUCGAAGAAUUCACGAAAGAAUAAGGUGCCACCAGGGAAAAAUUCUGGAAAAACACCAAAGACUCCGAAACGCGAAGAUGAACCACCUGAGACGCCAGACUAUGCGGAUGAGGACUCUGAACAGGACGAUGAACAUAAGGACCCAGACGAAUAUGAUGAGAAUGAGUCAUUCCUGAUCUACGAAGCUUCCGAAAGGGAAUAA